AUGUCGAUGCCGUUGGAUUAUGGGUGGGCUGGCACCAACAUGUUCAACUGUUUCCCUCCUACAAGUCAGGCGUUGGGCUCGUUGAAUCCCCUGGAACCCCACCUAACGUCGCUGGAUGGGCCAGUUGUAAAGGACGAAAUCAAACAUGAGGUUGGUUGGGGUUUUUGGGAUUUUUUUGAACCAAAAAUUGGUUUGUUAUGACUUCUGUGGGCAAAAAGGUCAUAUAAAUGGAAAAAAAUCAGAGAGGAAUUUUGUUGCCAGAAAAAGAAACGGAAGAAAAAAUCUUUAUUUAUUCCAAUUUUUCAAACUUGAGUUCUUUGAUUUAUAUCCCGAAAGAAUCAAAUAAGGCUUAAAAAUCUAAAAAAUCUUAUUUUCAUUUUCAAAUUUUUAAGUCUUUUUUAAAUACACCUCCAACGCCCUCCAUUUUUACACAUUUUCACCCUUUUCCGGUAAUCUAAAUAAUCCGUCAUCCUUAUCGAAUAUCUAAUUCAUUACGGUUGGUUGGGCCUUCGAAACUAUUGCUCACCUCCAUCUGUGGGUCUCCCGGCGCGCGCCGAUCGCCAUUCCGCCUUUUAUAUGGCGCGUUUGAGGCGCUUAUUGGAUUAGAGGGAUAAUCGCCGAUUCUAACUGUAAAAAAGACAAUAGAAACGAGGGGAAAGGGAGAGAGCACUGGGGUGGGAGAGAGGGUUACAGAGAACGGCGAGAGUUUUUGAUUUUUGAAAGAGACUUCAAAGUUAAAAGAGUGUAAGUGACGGGUUAGAAAAAAAUUAUUCCUCAUAAAAAAGGUGCGUUUUAUCAAAGCGAAAUGUAGGACAAAACUACCCCAAGAACAGCCCGCAGCCCGCCAUGACAUCUUUUUGAGAAGAAAAAUUUUAGAGAAAAAAAGCCCAGCCAAACAGAUGUCGAUCCAAAUUUCUGAAUUUUUCCUUCAAAAAAUCGCUAUUUCUGCUUAGCAAUUUUUACGCAACCACCAGUAGCUAGCUCAUCUCCCUUCUCGAUCCGACUCGACAUAGCUAUCCCCGCACACUUUGACCUUAUAGCGCUCGAAGCGAGUGGGAUUAAGCUAAGACAAUGGGAGUCGCUUAAUAGCCAUGAGACCUCAUUAUAAUGCGAAUGCAGAUGAGACCAGAUAAAGAAAUUAAGAAAAUAUAAUUCAAAACACUUAGCAGGUGGCUGCAGACGGGUACUGUAAAUGCCUUGGUCAACGAAGUGGCUUGAAUUUGAUAAAAGGCAGAUUCACUGGUUUGAACUGGCAGCAAGGCUAUUUCGGCUGUUGAAAUCCACUUGAACAAGGAGAUAAUUUAGUGGAUUUGUCAUUUUCGAUACAUUUCUUAUUUGGCGCAGAUCGUCUUCUAAUGAUGACGUAAGGUCGAGGGCCCCAUCGAAUCCAUUAUUUUCGCGAAACCCUUCGCCCCAUGCCCACAAUUUCGCCUAAUGUUCAUUGAAUUCCCUGGAAAAAGAUUAAUGGCCGGGCACGGGGCCGACGGUGAUUGAUGACAUCUCCCUUCUUUUUUCUGGACCCUCUCUCGGAUAUUAAGUCUCAACGAAAAAAGCGAUGGGCUAAAAAUGAAAAAUACGGCUUGGCAGAGUCUUGAUGAUCUUUCAAAUGAGAAAUUAGAUAAAGAAAUAACUAAAUUAGCAAAAUGAAUUAAAAAUCAGGCAUCACAUGUCAUUUCGGAUGUUAAAAUAUAAAAUGCGGUAUUCAGGGUGUAGGCCAACCCUAUCAUGACCACGUUAAGAAUAUGGGUUACUCGUCUGAAUCGCUGUAAUCGUACGCUUCUAGGCGAUUGCGCAAAAAUGAAGAGGUUGCGUAAUUUUGACCGUCUGUUUAUAAAAAAAUAACAGGUCAGCGGAAAACAGCGCUUCCGUAUUUCGAGGGAUCAUAUGGCUAGGAAUUAAAGUACGGUAGGCCAAAUUAAAAAAAAAAACUGAAAAGCAAAAAAAUUCUUUCUGCAAAAUGAGCUCUAUCGUAAAGUCUUAUUAAAAACUGAUAGAAACACAACAACAACAUCAAGAAGCAAGAAAAUAGAGCCAACCUAUGUUUUGCGAAAACUGAAAUGGCAAUGCAGCGGGCUUUAAUAGACGGAGUUGACAUAAAAGGUCGUAUUCCUCAUUGAGUCCGCUCGCUUUGGAAAUAAAUCAUCGGACCAAUUGGAUUCUGGAGAACGAAUUCCUGGAGGGAUCGUUUGAGCGUUAAAAGAAGCGGUUUUGUGACUUUUGUAGGCUUUUUCGUCCUGUAGUUUUUGGUUGCACCUUUGGGGAAACUUUGAGAAUUUUGAUAUUUAUGGUUGAGCUCUGGGAUUUUUGAUAAUUUCAAAGUGGCAGUGGAAGAGUAAAUGGUGCCUGAUUGAGCCGUAGUCGUUUUUUGCAAUUCUAGCUCCAGUAACUUUAGAGUUUGUUAAAUGAUUUUUUAGCCACGAGGCAAAAGCAGGCAAAAUUUUAAAACUUGUUUGCUGCCAUGACAUAUAAUCACUAAAAUCCCAUUUUUCUCUUUAAAAUGUGGUAUAACCGCAUCUUCCGUCUAAAACAAACUUCCUACCCCAUUUCCUUCCGUUUCAAAUUCAUCUGAAUCCCUUUCCUUCCGUUAAUAACUUCGUCGAACCCGUCGACAGAAAAGCGACGCCCGCCGAUCGGUUAUCAUUUCCUGCUGAUGAUGAUUGCCAGCGGCAGAGACGCACUCGACCCAAAAUUUUCGAAUGGCCGUGCGUCCGCCGCCCCGAAAAAACAGCGGGCUGCACGAUGGGGGUCUUCAUGACUUUGUAAUCGCUCCAAUCCAUCUUCUCCUUGCCUCCCGUCCGCCCCAACCCCUCCGUCUAUGGGGGCUAGUGUGUGUGUGUGUGUGUCUUCUUCGCUCUGUCUUUUUCGGUUUUUUGCCGACCAAUCUUCUUAAAUCUUUCCCCCCAGCCGUCUUCGAGAGUCGGGCGUUUGAUAUGUGUUUGUUUCAAUCAAUGAAGUUGUAUUUAUUACAUGACAUAUACAUCAUGGAGUCGUCAAGUUUUUGACGAAAGUUUGCUUAGUUCGAUGAUUUAUGGUAGUGAGUGAGGGAGACGCUGAGCGAUGAUAAUAGUAAGGCAAUUGAUAUCUUGGCGGUAAUGUGCGACUGAGGCCAAUAGAAAUUAUGAAAUCAUCCGGUAGACCACAGUUUGCAAGAAAACCAAGAUUUGGUCAGUUUGCGAGGACAUUACUCCCAAGUCGGGCCUUUUUCCCAAAAAUCAUCAUUUUUAACCGUACUUUAAUACCAGUCCAGGCCCGUUUUACAUAUUCAUCUGGACUACCAGUUCUAAAUAACUCAUCACGGUCAUUUUCUCCGUAUUUUACUCAAUUUCUCAUUUUGCCAUCUUUUCUUACUGCCUAACAAAAACUCCCAAAAUCCUAUAACUCAAAUUCGAAACGUUUCCGGUCUUCUUCCUGAUUUCCCAUUGGAGCUAAUCGAAAAUGAAUGAUUAUGACAUAUUAUCAUGUUCCUUUACUCCUGCCCCGUCGCAUUCAAUCAAAUGUCGACGGGCUCUUGAUUGACUUAUGAUAUUGGGCUGUAAGGUGUUUCCCUAAUAAAUCUCGGGGUAGUUGAUGAUGAUUUGGGUUUAAUUAAUUAGCGGAUUGGCAAGGGGUUUGAGGUUUGGAUUUUUUUCGCUUGGGAUUCUAGAGAAUAUUGGAAUUCUAGACUUACCAGAACCCUUUUCAAGUAUGGUCGGUCAGGACAAGGCUAAUAGGGAUUUUUGGGAGACAUCUGGUACUACAGGUAGUCCAGUCUUAAAAAGGAAUUUAUUCAAAGCGCAGAGCCAAUUUUUAAUUUUUAACAGCUUUUGGGCGAAAAAUCUUGAUGCUUUCGGCAAACCAUGAACUGAAAAUCACAAAAGCGGUAUAGGAAAUAUUAGUAAAGUUCUGUGCUUAAUUCUCACCAUGACUUAUUUUUGGAAUUAUGAACACCUUAGCAAAACACAAAUCUUUUUCUUUCCCUCCAUACAUCCCUUUACUCAUCUUCCUCAUUUUCCGACUCCUAUUUCCAUCCACUCCUUUUCGUUCGUUUUUGAAGAAGCCGUUUUUUUUGGAAACCCCCUGGAUGUUCAUCUCGAUUUCCACUGGGCUGCUGUUUCCAGGCUUCUCCGUUUUUUGCUCCCCCAUUCUUUUUUGUUUGGAAAUUUCGCGCUUCGCUCAUUGGCUCCGAAAAGAUUUAUGUUCCCUGGCAAAAUUCGGUGUUUUUCGGGGAGAUUCGAUCUUUUUUUUUGAAAAAUUUCGAUUUUUUGUAUGAAAUUUUAAAACUGCGUGGAUAAUCCGAUGAUUUUUUAAGAAAAAAAUUGACUUUCAGAAUCUUUUAAAAUCUCAACAAGGGUUUUGGAGGUGAAAAACAGGAACACUCCGAUGUCCCAACAGGUAAAUUUUGAGAUUUUUAGGUUAAAAAUUUAGAAAGAAUCGGAAAAAGUGGAAAAUUUAAAAAGUGAAAUUUUGAAAAUUUCAAUUUUCAAAAAAUAAAAUCCAAAGAAAAUAGUGGCUUUAAAGAAGCUUUAUAUAAAUUUAUAGCCUCAUUAGGUCCCAUUUCCCCUCAGAAGAGUAGUCAAAAAAUCAUUUAGGGCUAUUAAAGAUCGAUUAAAAUCCGCUGUUUCGAUCCAAUUUAAUUAUUGGCUUUAGCUCCUGUUUUUAAAAGCUUGAAAGGACGAUUAAAAACAAAUGUUCAGCUAAAGCCUCCGGGCAAUAGGAAUUAAAAAAUUCAACGCAAAAAGAAUAUUUUUUAUUUAAAAUUUUUCAAAAAAAUUUUUUAUUUUAUUUUUAUUUUUUCGGCUAAUUUCGGGGCUAAUGGAUUUUAAAAUUUGACGCCAAUUGCUCAAAAAUCGGACAGCAAUUAGGACUGAACUUUAAUUACACUUGAAAGCUCUCAUUUUAGCGAUUGAAAAACCGAAAAACAGUCGGAAAAUCAGAAAAAAAAAUUAAAAAUAAAUAAAAUUCGUUUGUUUUGCUAAAAACCAUUUAAAAAUUAUUUUUUAUAGCUCAAAAUUUCCGAAUUUUAAAGUGAAUUUUUUCCACCGUAAUUUUUUACUGUACUAAAACGACGAUUCCAUUGACCCUUUAAUUUUAUGACCCAUAAAACGAACUUGCGAACGUUUCCUUCUGUUUUUACACUGAUUCCCGCCAAAAAUCUCGGCCCGAGUGGAGAAAAGUUGUAAAAAAGUUUGCGUCGCAGAGUUUAUGAGGCUGUUGCGCAACGGUAUUGCGAGCGAACGCCUGUUUUAUGCGUUUCGAAUGGAGAACGGUCGAUUUUACGAGAUUUUUAUAGAAUAAACGGGGAAAUUAUCGAGAUUUUUGGAGGAAAUAUCAGGUUUAUAUAGAAAAAAUACCAUUUUGGAAUUUGAAAUUUUAAUAUUCGAAAUCAUGAUUUAGUAUUCAAAAUUACAAUUCGAAGGAUUAAAUUUUGAAUAAAUACCCAAAAAUACACUAAAAUGAAAUGUAGAAAAUAUGGGAUGAAUUCUAAUUUUAAAAAAUAAAAGCUCACCCCUCUGGCAACAAAAUCCAUCUCCAAAAUUCACAAACUUCCCACUCAUCCCAAAUGAAUCCCCUUUCGCAAAUUUAAGGCCUUGUGUUUUCAGUAUGGCGACAAUUACAGCGCCACAUCGGAAAUGUAUGCGGCCGGAGCGUCGGCGGUUGCCGGCGGGGAUCACACGCAGAACCCUUCGACGGCCGACUCCUUAAGUUUCUACACUCCCAACUUAGCCGACCCCUACGAGUUGGGCAUGGGGACGCUGGGGCUGUUGGCUGGAGCGCCCGCCAAUCCCGUCGACGAUGAAGAGUUGAAACGGCAGAAGGACAAGAUUCGAGCGUAAGUUGUGACGUUGUGAGAGGUUGAAAAUACAUAUACGUACGGAAUUUUUGCAUGGAAAAAAGGGAUUUCGAACCAAAGGCAAUGAAAAUACUCAGAGGGUUUUACACUUUUGCGCACCUCUUCUAACUAGUCUUCUUUUCAAUCAAACCUUUGGCAAAAUCAUGCAACGAUGACCUUACAAAAAUCCCAGAACUUUUUUUUAUGUUUUGCACAGCGUUGCCCUAUGGUUCAGCGCUUAUAAGACCAUGUUCUUCAACGAAAUCCACAUUCCGAUUAUUUCAGCCAUCCCCUCUAUCCCUUCCUAACCGUCCUUUUCGAGCGCUGCGAACUGGCCACCUCGACGCCCCGAGACUUCAGCAAAGACCCUCAAAGUCGGUCGGAAAGUGCGGCCGAGGCCUUCAAAGACGAUUUGAUGACAUUCAUCGAAACUCGAAAGCACGAAGAGCCGAGCUAUUACGUCCCCAACCCCGAACUGGACAAGCUCAUGCUCAACGCGAUUCAAGUGCUCAGGCUGCAUUUGUUGGAGUUGGAAAAGGUUUGUCAAGGUUUUAGCUGGCUUUUUAGGGAGUUUAGAGAGUUUUUUGUUUUUUGCGCUCUUAGAUUUUUCUAGAUGCCUUUGAAACCUUGCGUUAAACUGUACUAAACUUUGACUUAUUUGGACUAUCUUUCCGUCAUUUUAAUGGAUCGGGAGCAGGCCUUUAACUACGUGCCUUUUCCGAAUUUUGUUUUAAGAAUUCAAAUAAUAGAAAAAACGUUUUUCCAUUUUUUGCAACAUUUCUCCUUAACGCCGUUCCUUUCCUCUAAUCACUUGUUUAUCAGCAUUUUAUCAGGGUCUCCGCCAUUUUACGGCCUCAAGGUGGUCAUGACCGGCUAAUUUGGGCUUAUCUGCAUUACCUUUUCAUUCAAAAUUCACUUAAAAAUUAGAGAUCCAAAAAAACAACAGGCUUCAAUCUUUAGUUCCACAAUGCCUAAAGUAUGCAAAUUAGCCGGCAAAAACAUCAAAAGACAAAAAACGUUUUACUGUUUUAUACAGUAGACUGUGUGCAAUUUUCCCGCUGUGUUCUUUUCCCUGCGUUUAAGCCGUCGGCAUUUCCGAAAUUGGCUCGUUUUUGCGGUCGAAUUAAGAGAGGUUGCGCGAAAUUUCGGAGGGCUUUUUUAGCGCCGCCGCCCAUCAAAAGAGCCGCCAAUGGGAUAAAGAUGGGCUCAUUUCCACGGAUAUCCCACAGCGAUCCGGAAAAAUGCAAGCGCCAUGGAUAUGGGGGUAAAUGCGGGGACUGGCGGAAAGUCAGGGACUGUGUAAUUGAAGUUAGAUUUUGGAAAUUCAGAGGUUGCUCGAAACAAAUUAAAGAAUGCAAAAAUAAAGCCAAUAUGUCUAAAUAAAUAUAUAUAAAUGACCCCGAUCUUUCAUAGCACAAAACAUCAUCCAACUUUAUUCCAGGUCCACGAGCUCUGCGACAGUUUUUGCCAACGAUAUGUUCAGAACUUGCGGGAUCACAUGCCAAUGGAUGUGAUGAGUGAAGAAAGAUCGGGCUCCGCGAACACAACAAAUCCUUCGCCGGCGCUGGGAACUCAUUCUCCGGCAAUUCAACCCAGAACUUAUGAACCACAAAGCGUUCCGCUACCCGAAUCAAGCGCCAUGCAUCUUCAUCACGAUGUAAGUCCCAAUAAUUUUUGGUUUUUUUUCUGAUUUUGUAUUGUAGAAUUUGUAGAAUUGUAAUAUAAUAAUUUCCAUAUUACUACCCAUACCUAAUCCUUAGCCCAAGGCCAUAGAAAUGAAUCUUAUCCUCAGAACCACUUUUUUCGCCGUUUUUCGGCGCUCUCCAAAGUGGUUUUCGCAUGGCCGAAAGCGGAGAUUAGACUUUAUCUGCGGCCCCCCUCUUACGCGUAUUGUUUUCGAAAAUACCGACUAAUUAGCAUUUCGACAAGGUCAAGGCCUUGAUUGUUUCAUUAUACGGGAAAAGCGCCGCAAUUAACCAGAGAUUUAAUUGAAAAAAAUAUAUCUAAAAAAAUCAGAAAAAAACCUUGCUUUUGCUAAAUUAUGCGAAAAUUCACGACCUGUCCGUCGUAUGAUAAUGUAAAAAUGAGGAAAAAAAAUUUCAGGCCUCAGCGCAAUCCAGCGGAUUUACGGACCUGUCGGCGUCAAAUCCGGCCCGAUCCACAACUACACCAUCAGCUCAGACCCCCAAUUCCAGCACUGACUCACACACACCGGCUUCGGAGCGAUUUCAGAACGUAAACGUCAGCAAUGGAGCUGACAUCAACAGUCCUCGCAAUGGGUAAGAUUUUCAGUUUUUUCUAAGAAAUGAGGAGUUAAAAUUUCAAAAUUUCGAGAUUCUUUCCAUAUUUUCCGUAUUUCUUUGGCUUCUGCGUGACGCUGUUUGGAAAUAUUUUCAACUUACACCAAAAUUUGUAAAAUUUGGCCAACUUUUCGAGCCGCGCCCAGACUUAAAAUUUUAGUAGUCUUGAAAUUAAUUUUCCAAGAACUCUUAUACAUACAUAAACUCUGUUUCAUGUCUUAUGUUUUUUUCAGGACUGGCCCAAAUUCCGCCGCAAACAACUCACUGAACUCCUCCACUGGCUCGGCCAACAACCCGACGUCAAACUUGCUGGACGCGCGCUCGGAAGGUAUGUAGAAUGGACCUAGAAAAGUGCACUUCUCUCUCCUUUUUUACACUUAUGUUAGGUUUGAACCUCUUGCCAUCGCAGUUUGUUUUAUACAGCAAAAUAUAGGAAAACGUCGUAAAUUUUUUCAAAUUUCAAAUUUUGGAAAUCUUUCGGCUGUUGUUACUGUAUAAAAUACUGCCUCCUAAGCAUACCGUCGUAUGUUUCUCCCUCUUGUAAUUUUGUUUUCUGUGCUUUUUCCCUUUCCUGAUUUUACCCUUCCUCUAUAUGGCCAUAAUUUUUCCACAAACCUCAAUUAACUUUUCCCACAAAGACGAGUUUGGGGUGUUUUUACAAUCAAACUGAUGCUUUGAACGAAACUGAGAGCUAGUUUUGGCAUUUUGUGAAGGUUUUGAAAAACCAAUAUUUUUUUUGACAUUUCGUCAAAUUUUGGACAAAAUGUCAAAACCUCCGAUUAAUCUUCUGAUUGUCAAAAACACCUCAAACACGAGCCUAUCUUUGCACUUGACUGUCAUUUUUCGUUAAAAUGAGUUGUUUGCGAACCCGAGUUUUGUCGUAUUGUAACGAUUUAUUAUUUUCAUCCAAUGGCACAGCGCUUGAAGACGAAAGUAAUUGUAAGUCUGUUUUUUGGCGGAUUUUUCGGUGUUAGUUGAAAGGAAUUUUGAACGUUCAGUAACCUUGAUGCUGUUGAGACUUGUUUGAAGAAAUUUUGGGAUUAAAUUUUUCGGAGUCUGAUGCUUUGAAAUUCCAAUGUUUUGAGAUUUUUUUUUUUUUUUUUGAUCCUUUCGUCAAGCCCCCGUAAAAUCUCGACUUUUCUCGACAAAUCUAUUCAGCAUCAACUAGACUAGGAUCAAUGAAACUCUAUAACAUCAUAUUUAUUAUUGUUAAUUUUGUCUCCCUUAUCAUUUUUCAAUUUUAAAAAUCGGAAAAUAAAUUUUUAUUCAAAAACAAAUUUCAAAUUUUUUUUUGAAAAUCACAAUCUGCAUAUUUAGGUAAGUCUUAAAAAACUUUGUUUAUUUUUACUAAUAUUUUCGCUUCCUUAACCGUUUUUUAUUUCAUUUUAUGGGCUUUAAGGUUACAGUUGAACGUUCAAAAAACCUUAACAAAAAAUUUUCAUUGUCUUACCGAAUUUUCAAGCGCUUGUCAGUUGGGAUUUCAUUUAUAAUUCUGUUUUGUUUUUUUUUUUUGAUUUAUUUGGUUUUGGUUGUGUUAUGUUCAUGUGUUGGUGUUGUUGAUCUCCUUUAAAAACCCCUAGCUUUAGAUUUCUUGGGGUGUAAACUAGAUAAAAGUAAAGGUCCGAGACCACCUCGAGAGUUCUCCUUUACCGUAGUUCUUCCGCUAAUUUUCCGUUUCACUUCUCAAUUAUGCGAAUCCCGCGGGUUCGAAGCGAUAUUUCGAUUAAAAUUUCAAUUCUCUCUCUCGCCCCCAAUGCGAAUCCACAAAGGGACCCCUGGACAAAUAUGCCAUUUGCAGCCGGCAUUAAUUAGUUUGUUAGCGACCGGGGAAUUUUUGGUUAUAAUCGAAGGAAGAACCGGGGGCAGUAAAGGACUAAAAUUGACUGCAUCGUACUUGUUAAUUGCCCUCGAGAUGAACUGCAGUUGCUAGGUUUAUAAUACAGCCAAAAUUGAGUUUUGGGAGGUUUUGUAGGAGAUUCGCUACACACAUCGUACAUUUGGAUCCUUACUGAACCUUCAUCUAAUGUUUUUUUGCCAAUUUCUUGUCCGUUUUUUGAGUCGUGUGAUCAUUCUUUCCGCUUUUCAACGCUACAGUAUGCUUGCAUCACCCUGUGUUUCUCCUUCAUUUCAUAUCGCAUAAGCAUUCUCACUGACGUGCAGUGGCUGGCUAUCUUUUGAUUUUGCAGAAUCACCGCACUUAACUAACCACUUAACGCUUUCUAACACCACCUCCAGCCAAGCCUUCGAGGAUAUGUUGCCCAAGGACUAUAAAGUCGAUUCGGAAUCGUCGUAUGGCUUGGUAGAGCUAAACUACUCCGAUGGAUACGUCAAGUACGGUGAUGAGGACAUGAAAAGCCUUAUGGAGACGAAUGAUAACAGCAAUGACAAUGAGGACUUGCCCGAGGACUUUCAUUUGGCUUCAGCGGCUAAAAAACGAGGGUGCUUUCCGAAAAAUGCAACGAACAAGCUGAAGCACUGGCUUUUCCAGAACCUCACGGUAAUUUAAAACGGAAAGCUUGGUUGCUAAAUCUGUGGGAGAGCCAUUUUAUCAAACUGGCAUAUGUUUUGAGCCAAAAAAUAAUCUUAGUAUCUGCUUUGAUGGUUUGGGCUGACUAAUAAGUGUAUUGUGCUACCGUAUGCUCUUUGAAAAUGCCUCGCACUAAACACACACUCGUGAUUGACUUAUCGCACAACUAAUGCUUUACCGGACAUACUUUGCAUUUCAUCACUUCUUGCCAAUUUUUACUUUUUUCAACGAUUUAUGGUCUUAAUUUGAAUUUUUGAGCUUAAGAAAGCCUUUAUAAGUGCUUUUGAUCCAAUAAUUUGCUCUAUUUUGCAUAAUAACAUCUCAAUCUUUCCAUUAUUUAACAUUUUUUUUCAUUUUCGUCUUGCAUUGCCUCAUAUCCUCGAAAAAACGUCAAUUUCUAUUCAAAUAUUUUGAAGGUGACGACAAUGUCUCCAACGGCUCGCUAAACGAAGAUGGUCGCGACUCGGUAAACAGCGACCACAACAACGGCGAUCAACGGUCGGGCUCAACGGACCGCUCGAAGCGAAAAGUCCCCAAGGUCUUCAGCAAGGAGGCCAUCACAAAGUUCAGGGCGUGGCUCUUCCAAAACCUUUCGGUUUGUAAUUUUAGGCCGUUGAUUUAGUUCAUAGGUCCAUGUGCCUUUGUGAUUGGCAUACAGUAGUACCCUUUUACAUGAUCUCAGAGCAUACGGUAGCAAUAUAAAUUUAGUCAACUUUUGAUCCAAAAUAGGAUUAAAUAUUACAAGGAAAGUACUUUUAUGGGGGCUCCUACUUUUUGACGGGACAUAUCUCAAAAAAUCAGAAAAAAUGCGCUGAUCAAGGAUAUAUAAAUCUUAGCUGCCCAUUUUAGGUUUUUAAGGGUGAAAAUGCCCAAAAACUGGUUUAAUUUCCCUACAAAAGGCAGACAUUCGAAACGAUAAAAAGAGCACUCGAUCUCUUCCUUCGGAAGAGAGCGGUGUGGCCGAGUGGUUAGUGCCGUAGUCUGGGAAUCAAGAGGGGGGACGCCGCACGGGUUCGAUUUCCCUUUUGGCCGAAUCAACUUUUUUUGAAGUUGAAGGUCGGAAAAAUAAAUUUUUGGGCCAAGACUGUCUUAUUGCGUCUUAGAAACUCAAUAAACACCAUUUUAAGCCAAAAUAAAAAUUGUAAACCUUUGAAAAAAUUACGCGAAAAGGGAUUCAUAUAGGACUUUAAGUCAACUUCCGACUGAGUUUUCACCCCUAAAACCCUAAAAUGGGCAGCUAAGAUCUAUAUAUUCUUGAUCAGCACAUUUUUUCUGAUUUUUUGAGAUAUGUCCCGUCAAAAAGUAGGAGCCCCCACAAAAGUACUUUCCUUGUUAGAAUAAUUGUUUGGAUUUUUGAUCCCGUAUAUUGCUUAUUGAGAGAAUAUUUUUCACCUUUUUCAGCAUCCCUAUCCCUCUGAAGAGCAAAAGAAACAGUUGGCACAAGAAACGAGUUUGACGAUUCUUCAAGUCAAUAACUGGUAAGUACUGCUCCAACUUAAUCUUUUUGGGCAAUUUUAAUGGCUUUUUGAAAAUUCAGAACAGUAGGAAUAGUUCUAAAACGUAAAUGUCGUUUCGAAUUAAUCCCAAACUCACGUUUUAAACAAACACAACUACUACAUAACCUCAUUAAAUAAGCGUCCGGUUUUACAAUGUCAUUACUCCCCCGAAACUGCCGGUUUCCCCCAACAAAUCUGUUUUGCAUCCCAUUCGUUUCUAAAAGCGCCGCCACGGCCCCAUCAGAAUGAUGGAUGAGUGCAGCUGGUCGUUGCGACAGAUUGUCGCAUUCUGCACUUCGUAGUGCAAAAAUAGAGCGUUAGGAAUCAGAAAGCGGUCGAGAAAAAGGGAAAAUGCGGUUUUGCGGAAGGUGAUGUUAUGAGAAGAUGCAUUUGAAAACCUCAAAAUAUCUCAUAAUUCUUGUAUUUUCAAACAAAAUUUUCUUCAGGUUCAUAAAUGCCCGUCGACGAAUUGUUCAGCCCAUGAUCGACUCGAAUAAUCGCGCUGGGAACAGCACAAACUGCCAGGUCUACAGAAACCGGCGGCGGAAGAAUUCCGACUCCUCUCCUUGCAACUCCCCUGGCACUUGUCCGCCAACAGCGCCGCCCGGAUCGGCGGCCCCCGGCUCGGCUGGGCCAGUCUCUUCGACGGCGUAUAGCCCGGACCCGGCGAUGCUGGUAUCGCCGGCGUCGAAUACCUACCCAAUGUUCGGCUCUGGCUACGCAGGCUUUGGAGCACCGUAAGUUUGAACGCACUUGUUAAAAUGGGAUGUCCAGGAAGGGUGCCUUUCAAAUUUCCUACAUCUCCCUUCCCGCAAAAUCACUUUUAGCAAAAAAAAGUCAUCCUUUAUCUUCACAAGCGUAAUUCCCCCCAUUUUCAGCGGUUUCACCCCACAAAUGUUUAUGCCGGGCAUGGUUGGGGCCUAUAACAUGACGCCCGGUAACUUAACCGGCAGUUGGAUGGACUUCAGCUCCAACCUCGGCUCCAUGGACAACUGA